GUGACGAUCAUACUUGCUCAAGACUGGUUGCUUUGUUCUUCGAUAAGUUCGAUUAAUUUGAUAGUUGUUGUACCGUUGAUUCAGUAGUAGUUCACUGUUUGGAGGUCUGACUAAGAUACUGGUGAUUUUGGAACACUCUUAUUAUUACACGGAUCGAAGACGAAAUGUGACCUUGAAAUUGAGGAACAAUGAAAAAUAAGACACUCUAAAAUUUCAGUUUGUGCUCUUGUUAACAUACCAUGAAAUGGGUGAUCCUCGCACUGUUUCUCAUAUUUUCUAAACUUGGCCGAAUCUCAAGCAGUCAGGCAUCAUCAAAUCAUGAGCUGGUUCAUCACAGUGACUCUGAAGAUGUUCACAACAACAUCUUCAACACUUCUUCAGACCAUUUGAGAGGACUCAAACCAGAGAUUAGAUUGAACAGAGUUGCUCUGACACUGAAUCAGAGUUUAACGAGGAAUGUGGACUACCCCUCGGUGCGGGUGUACAACGGAGAUCCGGCCACAGUCGGCCAUAUUCCUUUCAUUGUCCGUAUCUACACCUACAAGAGUGGUUACCGUUACAUGUGUGGCGGGUCUAUCCUGUCAGAGCACUGGGUAGUAACAGCAGCGCAUUGCAUCCUGGACCAGGCUCAAUAUGAGGGUACUAACCACUCUUUUACUAUCCACGGCCCUAAUAUCCAGAUAAUUGCGGGGGACGUUUCAACAAGAUUGUACGAAGCAUCAACAGUUGUGAAAUCUGUAACCCAAGUUUAUACCCACGAAAACUACAACCAGUGGUAUCUCCAGAGUGACAUAGCACUGUUGUACAUAGAGGACGGGUUUGAUCUAACUUCUGCCAACAUAAAGAAAAUCAGUGUAGCAGAUUCUCAACCAGCUGCUGGCACUCAAGUAACUAUUGCAGGAUGGGGCACGCAGGAGACGGAACUGAUAGCAACAGUGCUCCAGUUUGCUAACUACACCGUCCCUGAUCAGAAAUACUGUCAACAGAUCUACCGUCGAAAAGGGUAUUACAUAUUACCGGGGAUGUUGUGUACAGGAGAUGACGAGAUGACAUCUCACAGUGCUAUAGGGGACAGUGGGGGACCUGUUUUCAGGGACCAUGGUAACGGCAACUUCACUCUGUACGGUUUGGUGAGUUGGGGGGUUGGGAAGAAUGUUGAAACUUACGAUUACGAUAUCAACUCUGAUGUGGCCUUUUACAAUCAGUGGAUAUUCAACAUCAUGGAGUCAUACAAACAGUACCGAGUGGAGUUGCACGCUGACACCACCACAAAGUGGUUGUCGUGGAGAAGCGGGACUGAUACUUUCAGGUACCAAGUCUACAAUAUCUCCUGUCAAUCUGGUAGAUUUGUUAAUGUAGUGAUCACAACACUGAUUCUUUCACAAGACUUUAGUAAUGUUAUCGUUAGAGACGGUAACCAAUACGACAGUCCAAUCCUUCUCGAGCAACAUCGUGACCUGGCUGAAAACCAAACUCUUAGUGUCACCUCGAACUCUAACAAACUACUAAUACUGAUAAGAACCACCAACUCCUUCAACUACAAACUAGUGAGAUUCUUCUACUCCUCAGUCUCCGGUCCCGCUAAAGUCUCUGAUCCACUUAAAUGCGGAGACCUAAUAUCCUGCUCUAACAAGUGGGAGUGUUACGACCCGCAGUACCAAUGUGACGGUGAGAUAGCGGACUGUGCUGACUGGAGUGAUGAGCAGUAUUGUGGGGCCUCUGGGAGUUGUCACCUGAUGGGUGCUGCUCUGGGAUUGUUGGUCAUUGUUUGGAGUUACUAAGUUACUAAGUUACUGAGUUACUAAGUUACUAAGUUAAUGAGUUACUAAGUUACUAAGUUACUAAGUUACUGAGUUACUAAGUUACUAAGUUACUGAGUUACUAAGUUACUAAGUUACUAAGUUACUAAGUUACUAAGUUACUAAGUUACUAAGUUACUAAGUUACUAAGUUACUAAGUUACUAAGUUACUAAGUUACUAAGUUACUAAGUUACUAAGUUACUAAGUUACUAAGUUACUAA